CCAGCAACCAUGGCAAUGGCGCUAUUACAAUUUGUUGCAGACCGCUUGCAAGCGUGUGUGGAGUAGUUUAUUUGCGAUCUUUCUUUCAACUUUCGCUGUCUUGACUGCGAGGUCACAGUCAUGUCGCAAACGUUUGGCCGAUGCCAGCGUCUUCUAUUACCGAGGAUGCUAACGCUAUCCUCUCGAUCGCCUCCCAAGCUUCAAAGUUACGAAGCCUGCUUCGCACGGUGUCGCAGGGACUUCGCUACCAAUAAGCGAAAUCCAAAAGACAAGAAAGUGCCCAUCACGUGGAAAAGCAUGGGCAUUACUUUCGCCAUCGGUGGCUGCAUAUUAGCCGGGAUGAUGUACGCGAAGAAGAAGAAGCAGCAAGCCUUGGAUAAGGAACGCAAGAGGGCUCUGGGAAAGGCGGCCAUCGGAGGCAGUUUUGAGCUGGUGGAUCACAACAAUGAACCCAAGUCGAGCAAGGACUUUCUGGGCAAAUGGCUGCUCAUAUACUUCGGGUUCACCCACUGCCCCGACAUCUGCCCCGACGAGCUUGAAAAAUUGGGCAAGAUUAUAGACAUCAUGGACAAAGAGAUGCCAGACAUCCCAUUUCAACCAUUGUUCAUAUCCAUAGACCCUGAGAGGGAUGAUGUGAAGGCAGUCAAGGCUUACAUUUCAGAGUUUCAUCCGAAAAUCUUGGGCCUUACUGGAUCUAAGGAGCAAGUGGAAAAGGCGUCAAGGGCUUUCAGAGUGUAUUUCAGCGCUGGUCCUCGGGAUGAGGCUGAUGACUAUAUUGUCGACCACACAGUCAUCAUGUACUUGGUGGACCCCGACGGGGAAUUCGUCGACUACUACGGCCAGAAUAGGACUGCCAACCAAAUAGCAUCGGCUAUGCAGCUUCAAGACGUCAAGUACAAACGUGCCAAGGGAGGUUCUUGGUUUUGAUCAAGCUACAGGACUAAAGUUUUUCUUGUAAUGCAUGCGUGAAAACAGCUUGAACUGUAACAUUGUAAAUAUGGUAUGUAUAUACCAGGUUAGUAAAUCUCAUAAGAAUUCAUGAAUAAACAAGAAUCAGGGCGAUAGUAUCUUCUAUCGAAUGUGCACGACAACUGCGCCGUAUAAAAACAAGAUACCACCGCCUCGGCACUGGUACUAUACGUAUAUUGCUGGAAACACAAUAAGAGACAUAGAACAGAGCACUCGCUCAGCCUUGGUGGUUUCGUAUGGCCAAUACUCAGUCGAGAUGUUUGAGUUUCCUUUUCUCGAUUGUAACAGCUGUGCAUGACAUAGCAAAUAUAUUUAUUGCAGAAUAAACAGUCAACGAGUACAGCUA